CAGUUUUUCGUAGAUCUUCGAUCUGAUCAAACGUGCAAUUUACACUCCGUGCUCGGUUCAGAUUGAUCCAAGUGAGUUUCGCGUACCGUGUGUUCUCGCUCUUAAUUUCUCAACAUUCGUGAAUUGUGCAUGUGUGAGUGAGUGUGUGUAAAAAAUUUGCCCAAUUUUGAACGCGCGUUCUAAUUUUCCCUUGCAACAGAGUGAAACACUAACUUUUUCUAUUUCGCAAAGUGUGCUUAUGACUGAAACGUGAUUUCUUGAUGGUGAAUCAAACGUAGAUUGCGCGGUAACUGAGGACUGAAAUUGGUGGGAAUUUCGAAAACGCAAAUUGAAUUCAUACAAUUCAAUUGGGAACUGAUUGAAUACCAUUGUGAAAAAUGAGUUCGACAUCAAUAAGUAUGAGUCGGCUAGCGAUUGGGCUGCAGCUUAUGAUCUUUACCUUCGUCGCUGGACAGAAUGAACUUUUUAGUAAUCCAAGCCAAAUACCAAAGACAAACUUCCAUUGCAAGGGACGCCCGGCUGGAUACUAUGCAGAUGUUGAAGCAGGUUGUCAGGUUUAUCACAUGUGCGAUGGUUUGGGACGCCAAUUUAGCUACAGUUGCCCCAACACAACAUUAUUUCAACAGAGAAUGCUCAUCUGCGAUCACUGGUAUAUGGUGAAUUGCUCGAAAGCCGAAAGUGAUUACGAUGCUAAUUUAUUGAUCGGUCAACGAGACAAGCCAUUUGUUCGCGAUGACGAGUACGAUGUUCGUACGCCAAGACCGGAUUUGUUUGACAAGCAAUACGCGCCCGAUUUUGCUGGUGAAACAUUUAGAAAGACGAUAUCUCCACUGUUGAACUCAAUUCAUAGCUUUGACAAGCACUCGUCAGUUCUGCACAAGGCAGCUUCAUCUCCCGCUGCGUCGAGUCGUUGGAACACGGUUCAACCUCCAAUUCAAACGACUCCUUUCCCAUCAACGACACCACGUUCGAAUUUCCAGUCGUUCAAUCAAUUCCAGAACGGUCAGCCGACAUUCUCCAGCGGCAGUGAUCUAAAAACAUCAUCAAGUCAAGAUAGUCGUCGCACGCAAAACGAAAAUGUAUUCGAAACAGAUGAAAAACCGGUCCAAAAAACGACGCCAAAACCAUUGAUAAUUGAAUUCCAGCCACCGUUUUUGCAUCCAAUUUUCAAUUAUAGCGAUACAGUGUCGACAACAACAACAAAAAGUACUCCACAAUUCGUGCGGCCAAUACCAACCACCUCAAUUCCACCGUUCAUUCAAACAACGGUGAAUUCGAUUCCCGAAACGCGUCCACCAGUUUCAAACGAGGAUCGAUUCCGGCCACGGCCAAGUUCAGUGGCAAGCUCUGGCGUUAGUAAUUUCGGUGAUCGUUUGCGAACUUCAUCAACACCGACGCCCACAACGCCCACACCAACACCAAAUUUUGUGCCAGUCUUGGCCGAAGAAGGGAAAAUAAAAGAACCGCCGACGGUUCUGUUGCCACCGUAUGAAACGUUGAACUUGUUUGGCAGUGCAUCAACACAAGGGCCGCCAAUUUAUCGCGAAUGGAAAUUGCCUGCCAGCAAUCUGGAGCCACCGUACGAUGAGAAUAAAAGUAAUGGUGCCAUUACAAUCUCAAGCGAUGAAAAUCAAAUACCCGUAAUUCCACCGCAUACGACGAUAUCAGCCGUCGGUCCAUCAUUUGUGAACAAUGAUUUAGUGCCGCCGCUGUUUGAAUCGUUCAACAAUGUGAAAUUGCCGUCAAUUUCAUUGCAACCGCCAGCCUAUUCACCGCUGCCUAUGUUCAAUGACACUGUACCAUCGGCCACAAAUCAUUCAUUCCCAUCGUUUAGUGCACUGAAUGUCAAUUCAUUCACCCAUAGCAACGACAAAUCACAAACACAACGCUCCGUUUCAUCAACACCGACGGCUGCCAACAGCAUUUCAACGAAACGAAACAGUGAAACAAGCACAUUCAAUUAUGUGGAGUUGAAAAAGAAAUUUUCCGUGCCCGAAUUUACGUUCCCAUUGGAAAAUGUCGAGCGACCGAGUUACACCGAAACCAAUGCCGUCAAUUCAUUCCAAAUCAAAAUUCCUGACGAAGUAUCACAGAGUCAGGAGCAACUGGUCAGCGACGGUAGUUCGAAUGAAGUGCAACGAAAGCCAUGGUAUGGCGAAAAUGCCAAAUGCCCCGAAUGUCAUCCAUCAUUUCUAAAGCCUGGCACAUGCGAACCAUGCAUCAAAAUUCGAUAGAUUACCAAUUGCCUUACACUCAGUGCAUACUAGUUUUUAGUGAUCGUUUUUAAUUGCAUAAUUUAAAAAAAUAUAUAACAGAAUUGUUCCGUAGGCGCCAAAUUCACUCUCCUGCUUUCCACUGUGGAUUAUUAUCAUUAUGAUUAAAACACAUUUCAAUUUAGCUUACUUUUUAUUUUGUAACAUUAUCUUUCGUCAUGUUUAUUUACAUUUUUCUCUCGCCAGAAAAAUAUCUCUCGCUUUAAUUCACCGAACAGAAAAAGAAAAAUUGCGCGCGAUUCAUUUUUUUUUGUAUUGUGUAAAUAGCCCUUUAUGAAAUGAAUAUAUAUGAUAUUACGAUUAGUGCCUCUGAAUUAGACGAUAAGACGAGAAAAAUCAUUAAACUUUAGCUUACUCUAUAUAUAAAUCCAAAAUGAAAUAAAUUAAAGAAUUGAUCUAACAAAAAAAAAAAA